AUGUCUUUAAUUUCCGCUGUGGAAGAAAGAGACAUACCUGUUAUAGGCAAGACCCUGUCUGGUUCAGGGAGUAGGACUUCGUCGAUAACUUCGUCGAAGAAGACCCUAAAGCAUGCUUCCAAGACUCAAAGGAAACCGCGAGUGUAUCAGACGACUGGCGAACCAUUGAGCAGAGAGGCUCUGUACAAGGCGAAACUGAAAUACGGAGUUUACCAAUCCCCGGCGCAAAGUUACUCAAUUGGAGUCAAAGAUGCUCAUGCUGCCUCCGAUAAAGCUGCCAACUUAGCCAACGAUAAUCAAACUACUGUGGAGGCAUACAAACGUAUGUUUAUUGACCCUGAUGCUACUAAAGCUGCAUCCAGAGUCGGAGCCAAUGCCACUCGUAGGGAUUCUGUCACUUCUACCACCUCCAAAGCCUCAAAGGAAUCGCAGGUUAAGAGGAGAGCCAAAGAAUCAUCAGGGGCUGCUGCAUCGAAAGCUUAUUCGAUGACAGCGGAGUCCCUUAGCUCAGGUUCCCAAAACGGCAAGUCUUAUUCUAUAACCUCGGCCAGUUCUGCCUUAAGUGGUGCUAAUAGCAUCCAAACUAAUAACUCGACUAACGGUAAUUUCGUUAACUACAAGCAAAAACCUAUGAAUUUGGGAAAGGUCAUGAAGGGUGCUGAAAAGAAGGCUGAGUCUCGCAUCAAAGAAAGGUGGGAACCUGAAAAGGGAAACUUUCAUUACGGUAUCAAGACCGAUGAGCAUGGUAGACUCAACCAGUUCAGUUUUUCUAAUGACAUGAUGAGCAAUAUCAUGUCUAAAGUGGAUGCUCCGAGAGCACAAGAUCUUCAAAAGACAAAGAGCGCCCAAGCUGAUCGAGAUGCCUGCUCGAAGAGGUAUGCUUUAAAUGCCGCUAAUGCUGUCAAGGACAUGCAUCCCGGCCAAGAUAUCGAUAAAAGUAUCGCUCUAAAGGCCCAAAAGAGAGAUACCUACUUGAAUCAAUUAACGUCUCAACAAGUGUUGGUUAUGGCAAGAUCCAACGUGGACAGACAGUUGGAAAUUAUUGAAAAGAGCAAUAUGCACAAAAAUCUAUUCACUAACACAGACUAUAACAAAGCCGCUGUUGCCGUUGCCCAAUCCAAUUACCAAAAGAAAACGGAGUUCCAUAACAAGAUUAACAUGGGCGGUGGUUUAUUCUUAUCACCAGAAGACAUCACUAAGAUCGCCUCUGGGCUAAUUUCUCCAGUACUUGGCGAGGUCAGUAAGAGAGCCGAAGCACAACGUGCUAUGGACGAAGAAAUCGCUGAAAGAACCGAGUCUUAUAAAAACUCCUUGAGUAAAUGGGAAGCCAUGGAACGUUCCAUGAAUUUCAAUGAUACUAAGGUACUAACAAACACAGCAAAUAGGCAUCAAACUGAGAAGAAAACCACCGAAGAAAAAGUCAAAGCCAGCUACGAUACUCUAGUGGCUAGAAUGGAUGCGAAAGUCACUGAAAAAGAAACUCUACUUGACGAUACCAAGACCAAAGAAAUUGAUUUUAAGAAGCAAAUGCAAGAAGAGUUAAAGGAUGAAAAAGCCCGCCUGGAUCAAGAUUUAGAGGAAUGGGGUAAAGACUGUGAACAAGAUAUCAGUAAUGCACGUAAAGAACAAGAGGAACUGUUGAAGCCAUACCACGAAGAUUUGGAAAACGCGGAAACAGAACAUAAUACUUUGCUUGAAGAACGUGAUGCUAUUAACGCAGAAAUUUCCAGACUACAAGGUGCUAUUGUCGAUCAUAAAACGAAGAUUUCGAACUAUGAAAGUGACCUUGACGCCCAAAAUAACAGAAACGUUAGAGAAGAUGAUAAAUUGGUGGAGUUAGGUCAAACUAAGGAAUCACUAGAAUCUCAUUUGAAUGAUAAUGUUAUCAUUAUUGCUAACAAGGCUAAAGAACAAGCCGAAUUAUCAACCAAAGAGGCUCGCUUGAAGCAGUUGGAAGUAGACUCAUUGAUCAAUGAACGUAAGAGCGAAUUGAAUACAACUGAAAUUGAGCUCAAAAAGGAAAAACUAAAUUUAUUGGAGGCUAUGAAAGACGUCGCUUCUGCACGCGGUGACGAUAAUAUUGACGAAGAAAAGGUUAAGAGUUUGAUUGGUAUGACUUCUGAAGAAUAUUUGGCACAAAACAAACCUGUCAAGAAAAACGUUGAAAUUUUGCCAACCCAACUCGAAGAAGAAGAAGAAGGAAUAGAAAACAAUGAAACUGGAAGCAAAAGCUUAACUGCUGACGAAGGCCCAGUAAAGAAUAUCGCAGAGCCAUCUAUUGCAGCCGGUUCUGAGGCUCAAACAGACUCCGAAAAGAAAUCCCCAGUUAAGGAUGAACUAGCCAACGAUGGUCAAGCAGCCAAGGCUACUAAGAAGACCUCCACUUUAAAGAAGGCAGGAGAUAAGAAAUCCGCGGAAGUUGGCCGUGAUGGAUUGGAACAUACAUUCAGUGGGUUUUCACAAGGUUCGUCGAUCGAAGAAGAGGACCAUGAUGUAAUUGGUAAUGAAAAAGAAAAGUAG